AGAGCCUUGCAUGCUUUCCGGUGAAAGGACGUAACCGUAACCUCGUGUGCUUUUCAAUCACAACACAGUUUUGGAGAUGGCAGGUGUUAUAGCACGAUCACUUUCAAGGACGGCAAGCUCACUGAUGCAAAAAUCACAUCUGACAAAGCAGCUGUCACGGACGACAGCAAAAACAUUCAGUCAACUUCACCGACCGACCCCAUCAAUGCUUGUGUCCUCUCGUCAACCUAGUAUUCACGGAAAAACAUGCCGAUGUUGCAUGCACACACAGGAUGAUGCAGAUCUUUCCAGUUAUCUUGCAGAGGAAAUAUCUUCAGAGAAGAGUACCAUGAGAAAAAUCACAGACAUUGUAGGCUGGAAUAUAACCAAGGAAAAUGCUGAGGUGAAAUUGGAGAGAAAAAUUGAUAAUGAAAGUGUUACAAUUACAUUUAAUCUGAAUAAUGCCACGGGAAGCGAGCAAGAUUUAGACGGUGAAGGAGAAGAAGGAGAGAUUGAAACAGAUCCACCUUUUAAUGUGGAAAUAAAAAAGUCCACAGGUAAAAUAAUGUUCUUGGAAUGUACAAUUAUCCCUUCAAAUGAGCGACUUGAUGCAAAGGAAGAUGAAGUAGCAGAUGCUUUUGAAAUUACAUCUGUGACUAUGGAUGAAGGCAAGCUGAAGGAGGGUACCUAUACAAUGUUUGCAGAGACAAUGGAUGGGCAAAUCUAUGACAAACUGAUGGACUUACUUGAUAGUCGAGGAGUUGGAGAUGAAAUGAUUGCAGCCAUGAGAGAAUUCUGUAAAACAUAUGACCAUCAUCUCUAUGUAAACUUGUUGUCUAAAAUGAAGGACUUUGUGGAUGAAAAAUGAUGAGUUUCACUACUUCACUGUACAUUGAUGGAAAGAGUGAUAUAUCUUUUUUAGAACUGUAUGAGUUGUUUGUAACAUGUUAUCUACGCGCAAAUUUUGUUGCAUUUUUGGAAAGGAUUCUUUUCUCAGAGAUAUGAUUUUCUGUAUUGAUCAAUAUUUUCAAUUCACGCGAUCAAUUUCCUGCCCAGUUGUAAUUUAAGUAUGUUAUUUGUGAUGUCUUAAUACAUAACUUUUCAUGAUUUUGCUUAUUUCAUCAACAAGUAACUCCCAUUUACCCUGUCAAUUACUAGUAAAUAAAAUGGUCUAGGUAUUCCUGAUUGUAUCAAUAUUUUUCACUCAUGUGAUGAAAUCUACAUUGAGUAUUCAACUGGAGACCAUUAUUGCAUUUUGAUUUUUUUUUGGCACUCGUACAUUACAUGUAUAGAACAAGGAUGUGUUCUUGCCUGAAUUUUUUUCAGUGAUAAGUGUUGCAUUGAUAGUCGAAUGUAUUGUAUUGUGUAAUAUUAUAAUACUAAGUUUAGAUGUACAAUAGUAUUGCAUAUUUAAAAGAAUAAUACAUUCAUUAGUCAGUUUUUAAGUUCCAGAUCACAUAUGAAAGUAUAGGAAUUCAUUUGGAACAACAUGCUGGAAGUGUUAUUAAAUUCUUGUGAAUAUCAAUGUCUUAAAGAAAUAAAGAUCAAAUUAGUUGCA